AUGUAUUCGACAUCUUCGGCGUUCUUUGAGGCAAUAUGGGAUGCAGGGGUCACCCACUGUUUCGUCAACUUGGGGUCAGAUCAUCCGGGUAUGAUUGAGGCCAUGGUAAAGGGCCAGCGAGAGAACCAAGGAAAAUUCCCGCGUAUUAUUACGUGCCCUAGCGAGAUGGUGGCCAUGUCCAUGGCAGAUGGCUACGCCCGAUUGACUGGAAAGCCACAAUGUGUUAUUGUCCAUGUCGAUGUUGGAACACAGGCCCUUGGCGUGGCCGUUCACAAUGCGUCAAGCGGUCAUGCCCCUGUCCUCAUCUUUGCUGGAAUGUCUCCUUUUACUCAGGAGGGUGAGAUGCUCGGCUCCCGCACCGAGUUUAUCCACUGGCUGCAAGAUAUCCCUGAUCAAAAGGCGAUUCUUGGCCAAUACUGCCGGUACACAGCUGAGAUUAAAACGGGCGUUAAUGUCAAGCAGAUGGUUAACCGAGCGUUGCAAUUCUCCAAAACUGCUCCACAGGGUCCGGUAUACCUCUGUGCGGCUAGAGAGGUAAUGGAAGCAGAGAUCAGCCCUUACUCUAUUCAGCAAGAACACUGGAAUCAUGUCGAACUAGGCGGUCUUCCUUCAAAGGCUGCAAGUAACAUUGCUCAGGCGUUGGCUAAUGCCGAGAGACCAUUGGUGGUGACAGGCUACUCGGGUCGAAAUCAUGGCAUUCCUGAAGCUUUAGUCGAAUUGGCAGAUACCAUCAAGUCUCUACGUGUGCUUGACACCGCGGCAAGUGAUGUGUGCUUCCCGGGUGACCAUCCAGGCUGGUUAGGAGUUAAGCAGGGAGCUGAUGCCUCUAUUCCGGAAGCCGACGUUAUACUGGUUCUAGACUGCGAUGUGCCAUGGAUCCCAACGCGGUGCAAGCCCAGUCCGGAUGCAAUAGUCUAUCACAUUGAUGCCGACCCCUUGAAACAACGGAUGCCUUUACACUAUAUUCCAUCCAUUGCUCGGUACCUGGCAGAUGGACUGAGUUCCAUUGAGCAGAUUCUGCAAAAUCUAAAGUCAGGAGAAGCAGCCGGGAUUCUUGCGACGAAAGAUCAGGCCACAGCCGAAGAAACUCGUCGUAGCUCUUACGCUGCCAAGAUUGAGCACAUCACCAAAGCGGCGGAACCGUUCGCUGAUGGUAGUUUCGGUACGGGCCAUCUAAGUAAGGUGCUUCGAUCUGUUUGCCCAGUAGACACAAUAUGGGCUGUAGAGGCGGUGACCAACACUGGCUUUAUUCACGAUAAUGUGAGACCAACAAAACCAGGCUCAUGGAUCAACUGUGGAGGGGGUGGUCUUGGCUGGUCUGGUGGCGGUGCUUUGGGUAUCAAACUGGCCACCGAUGCUGAAGGAGAAGGGCAGUUUGUGUGCCAAAUUGUGGGUGAUGGAACUUAUCUCUUUUCCAUGCCUUCAAGCGUGUAUUGGAUAUCUAAACGAUAUAAUAUUCCCAUUCUGACAAUUGUUCUGAAUAACGAUGGAUGGAAUGCGCCGAGAAAAUCGUACAUGUUGGUUCGUCCCGAUGGUGAAGCUGCUCAAGCAACAAACGAAGACAUGAAUAUUUCAUUCAAACCAACACCUGACUAUGCUGGUAUAGCAGCAGCGGCUGGCGCAGGCGAUAUUUGCGCGCUGAAAGUAACCAACGCUAACAAUCUCGAAGCUGUUCUUAGAGAUGCGGUAGCCAACGUGAAGGCUGGCAAAACAACUGUUGUGGAUUGCAAAGUUGUCCCAGACUGCUAG